AAAGCUUGUUAAGACAAGCCCUUAGUCAUCAGUCGAUUGAGUACGUUCCACCCACAGCCACAGCCCCAUCUCCAGCUCCAGCAUGAGUGCCCUGUCUUCCAGAAUUGGCAUUUGCCUGAUCCUGUGUGCAUUUGCCGCUGUUCAGGCUUCCAUCAUAGCCAGCCACCCCGAUGAGCUGAUUUCGAGUCCAGCUCAGUAUGAGUUUCAAUAUGCCGUCCAUGAUAGCCACACUGGGGAUAUCAAAGACCAGUUCGAGCAUCGGCGCGGCGAUUAUGUGACGGGUCGUUACUCCCUCAUUGAGCCCGAUGGCCAUCGUCGCAUUGUGGACUACACCUCCGACCCGCUGCUCGGUUUCAAUGCACAGGUUCGCCGAGAGCCCAUUGCCAGCAUCUCCCGCUACUGAACAGACACCGAAAAGGGAUAUUCUCCGCUGAAGUGACUCUUGACCUGCACGCAUAGUCUGAAACUAAAAUAUAUCAUAUGAUCUGUAUUUGUAGAAUAUAUCCGCAGGCUGUUGUGCGAAAAGAG